GUCAUCGCACGUCUCGACAAGGAAGUCAACAAGGCGGGAGGCGGGCCCGAAGUCACCCGGCUCCUCUCCACCGCGAAGACACGCGCCGAGCUUGAAAGCGGUAUGGACAAUCUCGUCGGCGACCGGAAUUUCGUGUACUUCGCAGGCAUGGCGUAUCAUAACUGGCUUAACGCCUAUCACGGCACCGCAGACACUCCGCAGACGUAUGCGUACAUCUUCGGCAACCCGCUCAUUGCGCAGACAAUGCUCAAGUACGACCUCAACGUUGCGCUACACGUUCCACUGAAGAUCGUGAUCGUGGAGAGACUUGAUGGCAGCGGGACGAGGGUGGCCUACGAUGACCCCGCUUCUGUUAUCGCUGUUCCGAAGGCGUCUGGACUAGGCUUGGACCCGGAGCUGACGAAGGCGGCGGAAGCACUGAGCCAAAAGCUUGAGACGUUGAUUCAAACUAUCACG